AUGUCAGACGACGAGUGGUCGGCGUUACAGCGAUUGGAGUCACAUCUGGAGGCUAAGCGUGCUCGAGGAGGUUCUCAGUGGCAAGAGAUAGAAGUCCUUGCUCUCGGCGCCUGGAGAUAUUCAGAUACCAAAGAGACAAUCGAAUUACCAACCGCCCAGCAAAUCUCUUGUGCGAUUCUCACGAACGCGCUGACUAUUGUCACGCCGACAUUCGACCCGCUCGGUGUCUGUCUUAAUCCUUUCGCUGCCUUGGCUAAUCACUCUUGUGAUCCAAACGCUGUGGUGGUCAUGGACGGCCCAGAGCUAUCCUUUAGGUCUCUAAAGCCGAUCGCUAAGGAUGAAGAGGUUUUGAUCUCAUACAUAGAUGUCACCAACCCGCUUGCCCGCAGACAAGAAGAACUCAAAGAGCGGUACCAUUUCACAUGCGCCUGCUCAAAAUGCCAGAAGGAUCCAACAGGUCCAGAAGACAAGUUUCUCAAACCACCGAAGAAGCUGAUGAAGAAGUGGGCCACCUUAGUAGACGACCUGAAGAAGGCUGGAAGCGUGCCCAAAGACGACCCAGCAAACUACGUGGGCGAUGAUAUUGCCUCAGAGAGAAUGGCUGUGUUACAAGGUAUGGCUUUCUCUGCGCUGCAAACCGCCCGAGGAGCAUCAGGUCCUCGCGAGACGAUCGCGGGCAUAGAGAACGGCAUGCGGUUAUGCUACCAAUGCGGAAUGUUCCCAGUAUAUCGUCAGCCGUACGCUCAGAUGAGACACAACCUCUUCAUCAACAUGCUCACUGUUGGCAAUUUCCCCAUCGCUUGGGCUCAAGGCGUCAAGACAUACUUCCUCAUAGACCCUGUACUCUUCCCGCAAACUUACCAUCCUGUCCGCGUGGUGCACACUUGGACAUUGGCGAUGCUUACUUUGUACAUUGCGAGCGAGUACAAUGGUCUUCAGUUCCAACAGUCAGUCGGCUCAGAAUUGGACCUUGGUAUCAUCAUAUACGGAUUGCUUGCGGAGGUAUAUGGAAAUGUCCAGCGAAGUCAUGGUCACUCAAGCAGCUUUGCGAAACUGGUUCAAAGGAAGUUUGAGGAGGUCAAAGUGGAUAUGACAAGAGGCUUUCCGGAUGCUUUAAGAGGGAUGGAAGGCCGUGUUGAGAAACAUUGGAAACUUUUCAGGCACGCAGCCGACUGGAUGCAGUACUAG